UGUCGCAAGAUUUUUUUUUUGAAGAAAUAUUGUUCUUAACAUUGUAAAUUCGUUCGAGCUAUUCAACAUGAUUUUCUGUUUGCUGUACACGGCUGUACAUGUCGAACAUGACUUAGUUUGCAAAAUAAACUUGCCAAAGGUUGCGUGCGAGUUUCAAAACGACAACGACAAUGUGUCAAUGUGGCAUUAUAAUCAGUUUAAUUAAAUUUACAGAAGGCUGGAUAUUGUAAAUUAGGGCAAUAUGUUAUUGUAGUUUUCGACAGGCUAGUCAUUCCAAAAAGCGACAGCUGCCAUUACAUUUUUGGACAGUUAUUACUCGCGCGAUCUGACUGUGCCCCCUCUUUUUGUCGUCAGCACCAAGAGACGCCAUCAAAAAGCAAAAGUGAAAGUAGAAGGCAGGCAAAAAUCGAAGAUCAGAUAACACUAUAAUUAUACUAUCUAGCCAAGAUCGAAAAGAGAUUUCUAUGUGUUACACUUUUCGUGUUCAAGUAGCCUUGCGGGUGUGUACUCAUUAAGCGAAAUGACACCUCUCUCACCAAAAGCAAACACACCGCCACGCGAAAACUUAAAAAAUCGAAACGCCGAAGGCUUUGAAUCUACUCAUCAGCACCAUUACAAGACGCCUGGUUUGAUGACGCACUGCAAUUAUAUACGGUGAACUAAACUAGGCUUCUCUGCACCCAGUGAAAUUAGUGGUUCCGAAAGGAUCGAGUUCUCGAGCUUUAGCAAGCUGCAGGAACAGCAGUACUGUUUGGUUAAAAGGUAGCAGAAUAAAUUAUUUCCUUUGAAGUGGAGCCGAGCUAAAGAGAAUUAACGUGGCAAGAAGGCCAUAACGAAGCUAUGUACCGACCGGUCAGUCUUUGUGUUGUAUUUCUUCAGCUGUUUUCCAGCGAUCAAAUCUUCGCUGCAGGAGCAAACAUCUCAUUGGAGACUUUAGAUGAAGUUGGUAAAAGCACGAACGAAACCUCUUCACCUGAAUAUUGUGCGGCAACAGAGGGUCCUAGCCAACUUACCACAACAAUACACGUUUUAACUUUGUUAGUAUCCCUGGUAGGAAACAUUCUCCUCAUUACUGCCUUCGUGAGAAUGAGGGAACCGAUCUUAGUCCUUGUUGCUAACAUGGCUGCAUCCGACCUUCUGGUGGCAGUGUUCCUAAUCCCUCGUCUAAUUACCAGAGAAAUCAUCGGCUCUAACGCUUUCCUAGUUCAUGGAAAUGGAGGCACGUUUCUCUGCAAGAUGUGUACUUUCUUUAGUGACAUAUCAUUGUCGGUUUCGACUCAGAGUUUAGUCUUGAUUUCCGUUGAGAGAUUCCUAACGAUUUGGUGUCCCAUAUUGUAUAAGAAACUCACCGUGAAAAGACGUCGGUUUCUCGUCGUCUCUACUUGGAUCAUGGCUAUGGCAUUACAUUCGCCAUAUUUUUACACGUUUCGACUUGUAGCCGCUAAUCCUAAGAAUCCUGACUAUCAAGAAUGUCAACCUCGUUGGGAUCCGGCUUUCGAUCACCAGUCAGCACAGCUUCGCUACGUCAUAUUCCUGUACGUUACAGUAUUACUUAUACCACUGCUUGUAAUCUCUGUUCUGUACACUGCAAUCAUAACCACUGUCCGAAGGGACAAAAUGGCAUCUUACAGAAGUACCAAAGGCGCGAAACGAUGCAAGGAGCGCAACAGAAAUUUACAAAGGAUGGCUAUAGCUACUGUAACUGCGUUUUUAAUAUGCUGGGCCCUCUUUAUAGUGAUUUCGUUUCUCAAACUCUUUUCUCCGAACACUGUUCCUAAAUGUAAUAACAGUUUCAAAGUACUGGAUUACGUUUCUCGCGUAUUGGCGAGCUCCUACUGUGCAGUUAAUCCAUGCAUUUGCUUU